UCUAAGCUUUAUGAAUUUUACCUUCAUUAAAAGUGGUUUUGUGCAUUUGUAACUGGCCGAUACACUCCCCGACUGUGCUCCGUUGGUAAGAAUCUUAUUCCCUUCUGGUGACAGAUCAAGUCCUAUAAUCUUAAUUAUCAAUAGUACAGGUGAGCAGACCAUCGUGUCUGCAUUGGGUGCCUGCUGUUGUUGGUUUCAAAGCAAUCGUGUCUUGCACAUCUUCUCAUCAGAUCAACUGACAAGUGCUCUUCUUCUUCAUGAUUCAUCUUUCCUCGAGCUCCGGUUUUAUUAUUUUUCCGUGAAGAUUAAAGAGUCUCCUCUGCUUCUAGAGGACAUGUUAUGACGAUAGAAUACACUUUUGUAUAAUACAUGAUGUAACCUCUAAUAGUAGUAUUUUAUCUUAUACUGUAUAAUAUGAUGAUCGAACAUCUAUUAAAUAUAUAUAUAUAAGCCGACCACCAAAGGAAAAAUCUAGAAACCCCCAAUAUAUAAAUAGUAGUAGUUGAAUCAAAAUACCUCCGGACGAAUACAUCAUGCUAACAGUUGUUCACAUGGAAAUGACCAAUGAUGAGCCAUAACCAAAUUAAAGUUUGAACACCAUUAAUAAAUAAAGUACAGAGUAAAAGAAAAAGAAAAGAAAAUAAUAGGAGUAGAGAAGAUGGAGUCUGGAAGUCUCAAAAGCCCUUCGGUGAAUAAAGAAGAAGAAGAAGAAGCAAGAACCUCUUCUUCCGUCACUUCUGGUCUUCUUCUCAGUACCUCUGUCGCUGUCACUGGAUCCUUCGUUUAUGGCUGUAGUAUGUCAUAUUCGUCCCCUGCUCAAUCCGAAAUUAUGGAAGAACUGGGACUAUCCAUUUUGUUUUUUACGUUAUAUUCGUUUUUCACUUCGAUAAUGACAUUUGGUGGAAUGAUUACGGCCGCGUUUAGCGGGAAAAUCGCUGAGCUUAUUGGUCGUCGACAGACAAUGUGGGUCUCGGAUGUUUUCUGCCUCUUUGGUUGGCUCGCUAUAGCGUUUGCACAGGAUAAAAUGCUGCUAAAUAUUGGACGCGGCUUCUUGGGAUUUGGUGUUGGUCUCAUUAGUUACGUGGGUUAUGUCCUAUCCUUUGGCAUUGGUCUAGGUGGACUACCAUGGGUAAUCAUGUCUGAGGUGUUUCCGGUGAAUGUGAAAGUCACCGCGGGUAGUCUCGUAACAGUCUCUAACUGGUUUUUCAGUUGGAUUGUCAUUUUUAGUUUCAAUUUCAUGAUGCAAUGGAGUGCCUUCGGAACGUAUUACAUAUUUUCCGGAGUUUCUCUAGUGUCAGCUAUAUUUGUUUGGACUCUGAUGCCUGAAACUAAAGGCAGAACACUCGAGGAUAUUCAAACAUCAUUAGGUCAACAUUCAUAA